GAACAAAACAGCCAGAUACCUAAAUAGUAAUGGCGCACUCCGUGAAGUUUAGGAAGGUUGGAAAGUUCGGGAGAUUACUUGAUCGCUUAUUGGAUACUUCAAUGUUUCAUGUGCAGUGCUGUUUGUCAUCAAACCAAAUCUACAAAGACGUGGCCCGGAGUUUGUUGGACCAGGGUCCCCACAUAGAAGAUGUCCGGUACGAUUCCUAUCGUCUUCGCUCCGCCUGUUUGGGAAGUCGAUUUUCUGAGGCACAUAUUGAAGCCGUGCAGCUAUUAAUUGACCGAAACACCCGCAGUGUUGUAGAACCUGAACAAAUAUUUAAUGGAGAUGUUCCUAAAAGUUGUGUUCUUAAACCUAGUCAGUCCUUCAAAACUUUAUACAGGAGAGGAUUCACCUUCCUAGAGAGGGUCGGGGCCCUUGGAUUAGGGGCUGUGACGUCAGAAUCACCAGUGCCGGCUGAGGAAAUAGAUCGCGAACAGGCCUUUUUUGCAUUGACAGCACUAACUCAUUUUUUGGCAGAUAUCGAAAGGCAUGAAGAAAGUGUCAAGCAAACAUUAAAUGGCAUGUUGAAAGAGGAUGAAAUCAGAGUUAUCAUGGCUAACCACUUGCUCGCCCAGCUGAGUUCCUCCAGACGAUUUUUCAUCUCUGAGGACGUGGAAUACAAGAGUACUAUGUGUCCGUGUCGCAUGAAACAUUGCAAUGACAUAACCGAAUAUCAACGAGCGGGAUUGGGAUCAGUUCAUUUGUGGUAUGGCUUUCCCGACCUUGUUCUGAACCCUACAGAUAAACACAACAUCAGCUGUCCUGUCAUUUUUUCACAGAGUGCUCACGAACUUGAAAUGGAAGCAGAAAUAGAAGACAUAUGUGAGGAGGAGAGACAACAAAACAAAUUUCGGUAUUUGUCUCCUCAGUGUAUAGCACAAGCUGUUACGUUCUCUGUGUAUAAAAGUGUGAAAUGUCGGAGUAAGUCCCCGAUCUCAGACGUUACCUUAGUCCCUACAAUCGCCAUGACUCCUGAAUGGUUUGAUGUAUGGCUGUAUGACUCGAAGUACGACGUACUUCUCCGAAAUAGCGGGGAUCCGAUUCCACUGUGGUGGCCAUCACCAAGGGGCGUGUCGUUCGAUAAACUGAGAUUGUCGUCCGUGUUACAGUUAUGGAUGCUGUUGAACUAUAACAUAUUUGGUACAAAGAUUUCACUUAGAAAUGAAGCUAUCAAUAGCUGUCAAUUGCAGGAAAGAAUCGGUAGAGAAAGAAUGACGUUGAUUUGUGAGGAUAUUGGUGUGAAGUCAUCUUUCCGUGUACCAAGAGUUGACGAACUUAAUGAUGGUGAUGUCGAACAUGUUGAUAUAUUGGAAGGUGGAGAAUUGUGAUACUCAAAUAACUGUAGGGAUAAUUUUGAUUAUUUAAAUGUUUUGCAUGCCUCAGUCUACAUGUGACCAUGGACUGACAAAGGUGUACAUUUACAGAACUCUGUCAUCUGAACGAAAUUGAUAGUGAACAAUUGUAUCAUGUUAGUGAGGCCGAUCCACGUACUAAAGUAUGAAUGUUAUAAUUGCUUUAUUUCAUUUUUCUAAAUCAAUAAUAAAAUUCAUCAAAUAA